AUGUCCGUCGCCACCGCCCGUACGCCCGCGGCCCGGGGAGCCCGCAUCCGGCCCCCGCGGGCACGUGCCUCCUCGCUCGAGCCCACGUCGCCCCACCCGCGCGCCGCCGCCGUCUCCCUCCAGCGCCCCGCGCCUCCGCCGGUCGCCGCCAUUCCCGCCUCGCCGCCCGUGCCGCGGUUCGCCGGCGCCGCCACCUCUCGCUCGUCACCGCGCCUCUCGCCGCCGUCCCGCGCCGCCGAGGCCCCCUCCGACCCCUCUCCGCGCCGCCCCGUCCUUCGUCUCCGGCUGCCGCGUCGCCUCUUCUCCGGCAGCCUCGGGCGCGAGUCCGGCGACCCAAUCCAGAUCCGCCGCCAGUGGUUGAUUUUCUCUCCUCCCCCGAUUUCUCCAAGUCCCAGAUAUUUGCAUAACAUGCUUAUGUUCAUCGCAUCAUAA